AUGGAUGAUAUCAACAAGCCCUACCCAAUGGCCACGGUCGUUCCGGUGCUGUCAUUCUUCUCCAUCGCGGUCUGCAUCACGCCGCUUAUUCUGCAUGCAAAGAACCGCAAUCUACCCGCCACGAGUCUCAUCUGCUGGACGAUUCUGCUGAAUCUGUUCAACAUCAUCAAUGCCUUUAUAUGGCCCACAGACAAUGUCGACUUGUGGUGGGAUGGCGCUGGCCUUUGUGAUGUCGAGGUCAAGCUCAUGGUUGGUAGCUAUGUUGCUUUCCCUGGUGCCUUGGUUGGCAUCUUCCGCGGCCUAGCAAUUGUCCUUGACACUGCGAGUGCCACACUAGUCCCGAGCAAGGCCCAACGCUGGCGUAAACGGGCUGUGGAAUUGCUCUUCUGCGUGGUGGUUCCUGUCAUUGCGAUGAUCACGCAUAUUGUGUGGCAGAAGAGUCGGUAUCUACUCUUUUCCAUUUCGGGCUGUGUGAACAAUUUCGACGAGAGCUGGGUGAGCCUAGUGCUGGCAUACAUGUGGCCACCCAUUAUCUGCUUGAUUGCCGCCUACUAUUGCUGCUUGGUGCUCAUUCGCAUGCGCAAAUACCGCAGUGACUUCAGUCUCAUCCUGCGUUCCGCUAACAGCCGCAUGAGCAAGUCCGGCUUCCUGCGACUCUUCUUUCUUGCUUCUACCAUGCUUCUGGCUAUCUUGCCCUGUGAGGGGUAUGUUGUCUACUAUGACUUGAUCCUCUCUCUCCCCUGGCACCCAUACUCAUGGAGUCGAAUCCACGGACUGGAGUGGUACCAAAUUGCAAAGUAUCCUACCCAGGGAGUAGUCUUCUUUGACCGUUGGACUCCAAUUGCCGCUGGGUUUAUGCUUUUCAUCUUCUUCGGCUUUGGCCGUGAUGCCACACGUAUCUACCGGAUGUUCUUCUGGCGCAUUGGCUUGGGAUACUGCUUCCCCAUCUUUGCUCGUCCCGCCGACUCCCAGGCUUCUGCCUCUCACACAGAUGGCUCUCAUUCAACCACUCUGGUUGGUUCUACCAUCAGUCGAGCCAAGCUACUGUUCAGCUGGCGCAAGGGUUCAGCUUCAUGCAGCGGAAAUGACAACACUCAAUCCUCCCACCCCGAUAUCUACAGCCAACUCGAGAAGGGCUCCCGCUCGCGAUCCCGCUCCCAGCAUAAUCGUCACCGUGGCAUUCCCAAGCGUCAGUGGUUUCGCUUCCCACGGUCUAUCUCUAAGAACAAAGACCACCGCGACGAGGACACCCUACUGGAUGACCUGUCUGGUGCCUCGCAAACAGUCUGCACUAGUGCCUGGGCUGGUAACAGUCAGAGACGCGCGAGCAGCGAGAUUGAUGUUCCCGCUUCGUCUGGCAGCAAGGAAGGCAUCAAAGUCAAGCAGGUCAUCACCCAACAGAGUCAGCUGGAGAUUUAA